AUCGGAGAGAGGAGAACAAUGCUCUGGUAGUCCUUGGUGCGGGAAACCCUCGGCCAUGCUGCCAUGCCUCCUGUGCUUCUCCUCGCCUCUCUUCUGCCUCUUCCUCCUGGUUCCUCGGAGUCUCCUCUGCCCGUCGGCGUGCCUCUGCUCGGACUACCACACCAUAGACUGCCGGGAUCAGGGACUUCCCAGCCUUCCCAAUCUCUUCCCAUUGGACAUUCGGAAACUUCUGGCCGCCAACAACCACAUCCAGUCCAUCCCGGCGGACCUGUUCUUGUUCUACGCCGAUCUGGUGUACCUGGACCUCCGGAACAACUCGCUGACGGCGCUGGAGGGGGGAACUUUCAGCACCUCCACCCGCCUCGUCUUCCUGGAUCUCAGUUACAACAACCUGACCCAGCUGGAAGCCGGGAUUUUCCGAUCGGCGGAUCGGCUCAUCAAGCUGAGUCUGGGGAACAACAAUCUCUCCGAGGUUCACCAGGAAGCCUUCGAGAACCUCGGCGCUCUGCAGGUUCUGGAACUCAAUGACAAUAAUCUGCAGAGUAUAAGCGUGGCGGUUCUGGAAUCGCUGCCGUCUCUCCGGACCGUCCGCCUGGAGGGGAACCCGUGGCUCUGCGACUGCGACUUUGCCAAUCUCUUCUUCUGGAUCGAUGAGAAUUCCAAUAAACUGCAGAAAGGUGUGGAGGAAAUUCAGUGCAUCUUAGAGGAUCGGAAAGUCUUCCUCCACGAACUCUCCGAUAUCAGCUUCAGUGAAUGCAAAUUCAGCCUGUCAUUGACCGACUUCCUGAUCAUCAUCUUCUCCGGAGUCGCUGUGUCCAUCGCUGCCAUUUUUUCCAGCUUCUUCCUGGCGACAACUGUGCACUGUUUCCAAAGAUGUGCGCCGAGUAAGGAUGAAGAUGAGGACGAGGAUGAGAAGUAGGAACUGCACAUGUAGAGCCUCAUGGAACUAUAAAGAGCAAUGAUUGUGAGCUCAGCCCAAAGCAGCUGAUUGGACCUUUAUCAGAGGUCAGGACAAUGAACGCUGGAUGCUGAUUGGAUGACAAUGGUUACUGCUCUUUGCCCAAAGCUCUCUUAGUAAAGGGUUAACCCAACCAAAAUAGCUUCCUUUCCAUUGGCAAUAAGAGAAACCAAUCUGUAGCUUCAAAUGUAGGGACUGGGAUGGAGAGGUCUCUGUAUAUUGGUUCCCAGCUCCACCAUGGCCAUCAAUGGUCAUCAUGUCAAAGGGAGGAAAAGAUCGGAGAAGAAGGGAUGGUGGAAGAGAUCGGAGAGUGGGGUUGGUGGAAGAGAUUGGAGAGGGGGGGUUGGUGGAAGAGAUCGGAGAGGAGGGUUGGUGGAAGAGAUCGGAGAGGGGAGGUGAUGGAAGAGAUCGGAGGGGGGGGUUGUUGGAAGAGAUCGGAGAGGAAGGGUUGGUGGAAGAUAUCUCUGAGUCCGGCCGUCGUUUCUCUGAGAUCCAGCCGUCGUAUCUCUGAGUCCGCCCGUCGUAUCUCUGAG